ACCCACCCCAAAAAACACCCUUUUGGCCUCUCUCGCUAGAUUUGCCGAGAGGUGUUGGGUUGUUUGACUUGUGUUAAAGAAGCAGUUGAGACUUGAGAACGGCAUUAAGGUUUUGUUAGAGGCUAAAUAGUCAAGGCUACUUUUUUGUCAUUGGCUAUAUAAAGCAUGCAAUUUAUUACAGUGUAAAUUUGGAGGAUUUGCAGGUACCAGAAAUGGGAAAGAUGAAGGAUAUGAUAUUUGUGACAAAGAUAUUGGUUGUUAUUCUUCUCCACUUCGUCAUCUCUACUGGUGCUUCCACAAGCUCAAUCAAUACAAAAAGGCCGUUAAAGAACCACUCGAGUGUUUCGGUUUUAUACCCUCCAGUGCAAUUGCAUAAGUACGAUGAUCAUGUAGUCGUAGACAACGGCAUCUUUAGCAUCACAAUCGCAAGUCCAGAAGGCAUAGUCACCCGCAUCAACUAUAAUGGAAUCGACAAUAUACUAAACGAUCGUAACGAAAACUCAGAUCGCGGAUAUUGGGAUGUAAAUUGGAGUGAUCCAUCGGAUCUGAAGGAUGGUCAUUUGGAUAAGCUUACGGGCAAACACUUAGAUGUUAUAGUUAACAACGAAAACCAAGUUGAACUGUCAUUCAAAAGACCUUGGACAUUUGCCCAAGAAAAGAAUCAAGUUUCCUUAAAUAUCGACAAAAGGUUUGUUGUCUUGCGGGGGUUGAGUGGUUUCUACUCGUAUGGGAUUUUCGAACGUUUAAGAGGGUGGCCUGAUGUUGAUAUCUACCAAGGCCGGAUCGUAUUCAAGCUACAGGAAAAAUUGUUUCGAUACAUGGCGGUUUCGGAUGAAAGACAACGGCUCAUGCCAACGUUUGAAGAUCGCGAAAAGGGUAAACCCCUCGAUUUUCCAGAAGCUGUUCUUUUGACUCAUCCUUCAAAUUCUCGUCUUCAGGGCGAGGUAGAUGACAAGUACCAAUACUCGACUGAAAACAAAGAUAAUCGGGUUCAUGGUUGGAUAUGCUCAGAUCCGCCAGUCGGAUUUUGGAUGAUCACUCCUAGUAAUGAGUUUCGUAAUGGUGGCCCGGUCAAGCAAGACCUAACCUCUCAUGCUGGUCCUGUUGCUCUCUCCAUGUUUUUUAGUACCCAUUAUGCGGGGCCUGAUUUAGGAAUGAAAUUUCGAGAUGGUGAACCAUGGAAAAAGGUUUUCGGACCCGUGUUUAUAUAUCUGAACUCGGUUACAACAGAAGAAAGUCCCCUUUCCCUUUGGGAUGAUGCCAAAGAAGAGAUGCUCGUGCAAACCAAUAGUUGGCCGUACCAUUUCCCCAACUCCUCAGAUUACCCUCGUGCCUAUCAACGCGGUCUAGUAACGGGCCAGCUGGUGGUUCGAGACGUGGGGUUGGCAUUUGCCAACUCUGCGUUUGUUGGCUUGGCUCCUCCUGGUGCACUUGGAUCAUGGCAAGAAGAAAGUAAGGGUUAUCAGUUUUGGACACAAACCGACGAAAAAGGUUACUUCGAGAUCAAGAAUGUCCGGCCUGGUUACUAUCAUUUGUAUGCUUGGGUUCCCGGGUACAUUGGCGAGUACAUGUACCAAUCCAUUAUUUAUGUCCUAAAAGGAAGCAAGAUCAGAAUGGGCCUGCUUGUACACAAACCACCAAGAAAUGGCCCUACAGUUUGGGAGAUUGGUGUCCCAGAUCGCACCGCUGCCGAGUUCUACGUGCCUCCACCGAACCCAACCCUCAUGAACCAGUUAUACGCCAGCCAAAGAACCGAUUCGUUUAGGCAAUAUGGUUUGUGGGAUAGGUACACUGAUCUGUAUCCAGAUAAAGAUUUGGUCUACACCGUUGGCGUUAACAAUUAUCAAACGGAUUGGUUUUUUGCUCAUGUCAACCGGCAUGUAGGAAAUAAGACCUAUGUUUCGACUACCUGGACUGUUUUAUUUGAUCUUGAAGAUGUAAUUACCGGAAAUUAUACAAUACAACUGGCAUUGGCAUCAGCAACAAAUGCAGAAGUGCAAAUAAGAAUCAAUGGCGUAGGAGAUGCGUCGCUUGUCUUUACAACAAAGUUAAUCGGGAAGGAUAACGCAAUUGCACGACAUGGGAUUCAUGGACUGUACUGGUUGUAUAGCAUCACUGUUGUGCAUUCGCAUCUACGAGCCGGAAAGAAUGCAUUGUAUUUAAAACAAACUAGAGGUUCAUAUCCUUUUAGCGGAGUCAUGUAUGACUAUAUCCGAUUAGAAAGACCCUCUCGUUAUUAAAUUCGUUAUAUCUAUUUUUUAUAUAAAUAGUUGGAGAAUAGAUUUGAUAGUUGCUUUCGGAUUAGAACAGAAAGUUGUGGUUCCGUUGUAUACAAAAACGACAUCAAAACAGUAUAGUACAUAGCUUUAUGUAGAUAGUUAACUUAUGUAAAUUGAUACAUUUUUAAAUCUAACAUAGAUUUAAAGACGUUGAUAUUGAAAUUCAUUUCAUUAAUUUUGAUAUGUUUGUUUCUUUAUCCU